ACUUCUCUGCCAACUUCGCCAACUCGCCGGCACUUGGAGCGGCCCGGCUCCCCUCCUGGCGCCCUCGGGCCGCCCCCGCCCUGAGCUCUCUUGGUUCAGACCCUCUCGGACGACCGGGCUCCAGGAGAGCUGAGUGAGCUGUCUUCCCUAUCCGGCCUCAGCUCUGGCCGCAGCUGGCGCGCGAGCCAUGCGCCCCCAGUGCCCCUUGGUCCAGCCCGUCGCCCGGGGGCUGCUUUGCUGACUGCCCAGCCGCGUGCCCCAACGGUGGCAAGUUGCAGCCGCUGCGGUUGCAAACCCCAGCGGGCCCGGAGGAGUCCCGGCGUGGAGCGCAGCGCGGCGCCCCCCCACCCUCGCUUGCCCCCCAGCAACCGGGCGCCCGCUCACUCUCCCUCCCCCACCGCCCCUUCCUUUUCUCCUCAAGUCCUGAAGUUGAGUUUGAGAGGCGACACGGCGGCGGCGGCCGCGCUGCUCCCACUCCUCUGCCUCCCCAUGGAUAUGCACUGCAAAGCAGACCCCUUCUCCGCGAUGCACCGGCACGGGGGUGUGAACCAGCUCGGGGGGGUGUUUGUGAACGGCCGGCCCCUACCCGACGUGGUGAGGCAGCGCAUCGUGGAGCUGGCCCACCAGGGUGUGAGGCCCUGUGACAUCUCCCGGCAGCUGCGGGUCAGCCAUGGCUGUGUCAGCAAAAUCCUGGGCAGGUACUACGAGACUGGCAGCAUCAAGCCCGGAGUGAUUGGUGGUUCCAAGCCCAAGGUGGCAACGCCCAAAGUGGUGGACAAGAUUGCUGAAUACAAGCGACAGAACCCGACUAUGUUCGCCUGGGAGAUCCGUGACAGGCUGCUAGCUGAGGGCAUCUGCGACAAUGACACAGUUCCCAGCGUCUCAUCCAUCAACAGGAUCAUCCGGACCAAAGUUCAGCAGCCUUUCCACCCAACGCCGGAUGGGGCAGGGACAGGAGUGACUGCCCCUGGCCAUACCAUCGUUCCCAGCACGGCCUCCCCUCCUGUUUCCAGCGCCUCUAACGACCCAGUGGGAUCCUACUCCAUCAAUGGGAUCCUGGGGAUUCCUCGCUCCAAUGGUGAGAAGAGGAAACGCGAGGAAGUUGAGGUUUACACUGGUCCUGGACACAUUAGAGGAGGUGGAGGUUUACAUCUGGUCUGGACUUUAAGAGACGUGUCUGAGGGCUCUGUCCCUAAUGGAGACUCCCAGAGUGGUGUGGAUAGUUUACGGAAGCACCUGCGAGCCGACACCUUCACCCAGCAGCAGCUGGAAGCUCUGGAUCGAGUCUUUGAGCGUCCGUCCUAUCCCGAUGUCUUCCAGGCUUCAGAGCACAUCAAAUCAGAACAGGGGAAUGAAUACUCUCUCCCAGCCCUGACCCCUGGGCUUGAUGAAGUCAAGUCCAGUCUAUCUGCAUCCACCAACCCUGAGCUGGGCAGCAAUGUGUCAGGCACACAGACAUACCCCGUCGUGACCGGUCGUGAUAUGGCGAGCACCACUCUACCUGGUUACCCCCCUCAUGUGCCCCCCACUGGCCAGGGAAGCUACCCUACCUCCACCCUGGCAGGAAUGGUGCCUGGGAGCGAGUUCUCAGGCAACCCAUACAGCCAUCCCCAGUACACCGCCUACAAUGAGGCUUGGAGAUUCAGCAACCCCGCCUUACUAAGUUCCCCUUAUUAUUAUAGUGCCGCCCCCCGGGGCUCCGCCCCUGCCGCUGCUGCCGCUGCCUAUGACCGCCACUAGUUACCGCGGGGACCACAUCAAGCUUCAGGCAGACAGCUUCGGCCUCCACAUCGUCCCCGUCUGACCGCCCACCCCAGAGGGAGGGAGGACCGAAGCGACGCGCUGCCUCUCGGCCACCGUCCCUGUCCCACCCCCACCUCGAGACACUCCCGACCCCCGCAGCCCUUCACGUCACCCUGUCGAUGGCCAGACAGGACAGGUGGAGCCGCGGUGGGACCCUCAGGCCCCAGCCCCGCCCGUCGCCCCUCCCCGCCUGCCUGGACCGCGGCGCCGCCCGGAAGCCCGCCCGCCUCUGGCCCGCGAGCCGGACACGUUUCUGUGACACACAAUCAGCGUGGCCCACCCGGGGGCAGCCCACUUCGGACGCCCGGGAGCCGGGAGGCUUCGCUGGAGACGCUGAGCAAAGGACGCUAAGGAAAGGACUUCGUGCUGAAGGAGGAGCCGCCGGCGAGACCCUGGGGGGAAAUCCUGCCCCACCCCGCCCCCUGUGCCUGCCAGGCUGACCCCGCCUUCUGUCUGCGCCCGGCCCCAGACUGUGACACUGGGACGCAAGGGUCGGACUCGAGGGACAGCGUUUGGGGCGACAACGUUUUCCAAGGCUGGUACCCAAGGCGAGCAGACGCCAACUGAGCUCAUCCACCUGAACUGCCUAGUUCCCCAGGGCCCGGGAUCGCCUCCUGCAGUGACUCUGCUCUCGGCCCCGCCUUGCCCCUACGUCAGCGCCUCUUCCACCUGCUGGCCUCUCACUUUUCCCUCCUGCGCUCCCUUGGCUCGUCACACGACACCUUGUGUUUGGCCCCAAGCACGCAGCCACGUCGGGGCCACCGUAGGAACCGUGCAGGCUGCAGCUGCGAACAUUGAACUUUCCCAUCAGUAAUGUGCUGUCCCUCUCCCCGACCCUCCCACCCCAAACUCCCAACCUGCUGAAGCAAGGAGCCUGGAGGGAACUGACGACCGAGCUGCCCCGAGAUGGAAACUCCGGGCUGCCCGCCCUAUUCCCCCUUCCCUUGGGCAGGAGCUGAACAGAGCC